GGACCAAAGAGAAGAAGAGCUGGGCGAGUAUUACAUGAAGAAAUACGCCAAGUCUUCCGUGGGCGAGACUGUGUACGGCGGCUCCGAUGAGCUUUCUGAUGACAUCACACAACAGCAGCUACUUCCGGGAGUCAAGGACCCCAAUCUUUGGACGGUGAAAUGUAAGCCCUUGCAGAUCAAGUCAGUGGUGGCUCCCGAACACGUGAAGGGCUACAUCUACGUGGAGGCCUACAAGCAGACCCACGUGAAGCAGGCCAUCGAGGGGGUGGGCAACCUCCGGAUGGGCUACUGGAACCAGCAGAUGGUGCCCAUCAAGGAGAUGACCGACGUGCUGAAGGUGGUGAAGGAGAUGACCAACCUCAAGCCCAAGUCUUGGGUGCGGCUCAAGAGGGGCAUCUACAAAAGUGACAUCGCUCAGAUCUCUGGGUGGUGACGUGGCCUCCGACGGGGAUUUCCUCAUCUUCGAAGGGAAUCGCUACAGCCGGAAAGGCUUCCUCUUCAAGAGCUUCGCCAUGCUGGCUGUGAUCACCGAUGGAGUGAAGCCCACUUUGUCCGAGCUGGAGAAAUUUGAGGACCAGCCCGAAGGGAUCGACUUGGAAGUGGUGACCGAGAGCACCGGGAAGGAACGGGAACACAACUUUCAGCCGGGAGACAACGUGGAGGUGUGCGAAGGGGAGUUGAUCAACCUGCAGGGGAAGAUCCUGAGCGUGGACGGGAACAAGAUCACCAUCAUGCCCAGGCACGAAGACCUCAAGGGCCACGGGGCGGCUUUGGCGGGGGCGGAAUGAACCGAGGCCGUGGGCGCAGGGAUAAUGACCUGAUUGGACAGACGGUGCGGAUUUCCCGAGGGUCUUACAAAGGCUACAUCGGCAUGGUCAAGGAUGCCACGGAAUCCACCGCCAGGGUGGAGCUGCACUCCACCUGCCAGACCAUCUCGGUGGAUCGGGAACAUCUGACGAUCGUGGAUUCCAAAAAGCCAUCCGGCAUGCCCUCUGGCUACGGGCGCACCCCCAUGUACGGCUCCCAGACGCCUAUGUACGGCUCCGGUUCCCGUACGCCCAUGUACGGGACCCAGCACGAAGGAAACCGUACGCCGCACUAUGGUUCCCAAACACCCUUACAUGAUGGCAGCCGGACACCCGCCCAGAGCGGCGCCUGGGAUCCCAACACCCCUUCGAGGCCAGAGGAAGAGUUUGACUACGGAUUCAACGAUGAGCCCACGCCUUCUCCCCAAGGCUACGGGGGAACCCCCAACCCCCAGACCCCAGGCUACCCAGACCCUUCCUCCCCGCAGGUUAACCCUCCAUACAACCCUCAGACGCCCGGAACCCCAGCCAUGUACAACACGGAGCAGUUCUCUCCGUACGCCGUCCCGUCUCCUCAGGGCUCCUACCAGCCGAGUCCCAGCCCUCAAAGUUUCCACCAAGUGGCGCCUAGCCCUGUGGGCUACCAGAACACCCACUCCCCUGCCAGCUACCACCCGACUCCUUCACCCAUGGCUUACCAGGCUAGCCCCAGCCCCAGCCCGGUGGGCUUUAGCCCUAUGACCCCGGGGGCUCCUUCCCCAGGGGGCUACAACCCUCACACCCCAGGCUCUGGGAUUGAGCAGAGCUCCAGCGAUUGGGUCACCACUGAUAUCGAGGUCAAAGUGCACGACACGUACAUGGACAGCCUUGUGGUGGGGAAGACCGGAGUCAUCCGUAGCAUGAAUGGUGGGAUGUGUUCGGUCUACGUCAAGAAAUGUGAAAAGGUGGUCAGCAUUUCAAGCGAACACCUGGAACCUACCACCCCUACCAAGAAUGAUAAGGUCAAAGUCCUCUUGGGAGAAGACCGCGAAGCAACGGGGAUGUUGCUGAGCAUUGAUGGGGAAGACGGCAUCGUCCGCAUGAACCCAGAAGAGCAGCUUCGAAUUCUCAACUUGCGCUUCCUGGGCAAACUCGUAGAAGCUUAGAACAGUGCCGAGAACAAGAGUGGGGUGUGAUUAGGGGGCUUGGUUACGUUUUCUUCCCUCUUUUUUCCCACGUAGCCGGUUUCCUCCUGACUGCAUCCCAAGGCUUUGUACAGAUUUGCUCCAGAGGAAGGUUUAUAUUUUUGGGGGUGCGUGUACGAGUUUCUUCCUGGCGCCUGUUUUCCCCCAGCGCUGCGGGUGACUGCUUGGGUGAGGGACAAUCUAGCCAUGGUGUUAUGAAGAAGAGCUGCCUCCAGUGGAGCACCGUGCCCUGCCAUUCCCCCCCCCCCUCUUCUGUAGCACUUUAUGGCCUCUUCGGCACCAAAACAUCCAACCUGUAGCUUGUUUUAAUAAAAGCAUCUCAAAGAUCCCAUAUUGUAAAUUCCUA